AACAGUUUAAGGAGUUAUAUAGUAACUUUAUCUUUGGAUUGAACACUUCAUCAACGCGUUUCAUGCCAUAGUACGGACACUAGGUGAACAUUUUAAUAACAAAUACUUUAUGCUCUGUAAUAUUAAUUUGUGUGAAAUUCGCACGUGCACUUUGCCCUGACAGGUGAAUGAUAGAGAGGUCACUGACCUGCACUCCUGCAGGCUUUACCCCGGAUACACACAUCCAACCUGUACACUGAUUUAAAGGCUGCUAGAAAAGACAAGAAAUACACAUGAGCACCAGAUUGCAGCGUAUUAAAGAUCAUAUUUUAUCAGCAAAUCAGUGUUCAGAAAUGAGUGCUCUGCCGCCGAGCCCCCUCACCACUCAUGUGCUGAACACUGGCCGGGGUAUACCAGCUGCCGGCAUGAGCAUCACUCUGUACUUCCUGGAUCCUACGACGCCAGCUUGGAACCGUCUAACAACAGGAACUACUAACAAUGAUGGACGAUGUCCAGGUCUCAUCACUAGAGAAGCCUUCAGUCCUGGUACCUAUAAGAUGUGCUUUGAGACUGGACAGUACUGGGAGGGACUGGGGGAGACUUGCUUCUACCCGUACGUUGAGAUUGUCUUCACCAUCACGGAUUCUUCUCAGAAAUUCCACAUCCCACUGCUUCUGAGUCGCUUUUCGUACAGCACCUACAGAGGAAGUUAACAAGUGCAGGGACCAAACUGAUUCACGCGGAUCUGCCUGAUCCUGAUGUCUGGCUGAAGCUCAUCUACACAGGAAAAAUAACUGUUACAGGUCACUUAAACGUAGCUCGGUUGUAUGAAAAUACCCGACAUAAAAGUGCAUAUAGAACUACAGGUUCUGAAGUAAAAUUUAUGUUUCAGCUAAUGUGACAGGAUGGAAAAUGUUACAUAACAAAAUAAACUAUACAUUAAAGCAGGGGUUCACAAACUUUUCCAGGGCAAGGCCCCCCAAAUGGAUUUAACAUUUGACCGAGGCCCCCCUUUUGCAAGAUGUCUUUAAAACACAUUAAAAAUUCAGACUUCUGAAUAUAUCCCCCUUUUUUAUACAUAUAAACAUUUUUUUAUACAUACCCUUACAUAUUUACAUUACAUUCCAUUAGGAAUUGAUUUUGUGUGUGUGUGUGUGGUUGUCAGAGUGAAAAUUUAUUUUUCACACCAAAUUUUUGAGGCCCCCCGGGCGCCACCUGGCGGUCCCCAAGGGGGCCACGGCCCCCACUUUGAAAACCACUGCAUACAAGAACAAAAUUGCAAAUACCACAGUAGGUUUUUAUCUCCAUCCUCACACUCUAAGGGCUUUUGAGUUUGAAGCUUUCGGGUUAAAUCUCAGUACCAAUGUAAUUUCUGUACGUAUUCUGGAGAAUGAAAUAGCAUUUAUUAAAUAAACUUAGCAAACUUAAGCAUCUGCAUUACUGUGUGGUAAUGUAAAAGAGUACUAUUUUACUUUGUUUACUCUGUUGGUUACGCUAUACUCACUGCCACUGCUCCUUUUUGUCUGCGUUAUUGAUAGCAAUUAUAGUACUUUUGGUUUAUGGGUCCAUGACCAAAGAUGAUUUAGUUCUAUAAGAAAUAGGUUAUCAUUUAUUAUACCACGGUGCACCAUUGUACCAUUUGAAUUCUCAUAUCAGAAGGUAUGGAUUCAUUUUCUAUACAGGUACUUUUAUUUACUGUGGCAAACCCUCCACAAAAUGUAAGGCUUAUAAUAAACAGAUUUUUCUUUUUA